AUGGGAAGAUUUCGUUGGGAUUAUCCAGAAAACUCUGUAUCUGGCUUUUGGGGCGAAACAACCUCGACCAUCGACUGGUGCGAAGAGAACUAUGUGGUCUCUCCAUAUAUUGCAGAAUGGUCAAACACUCUCACAAACRGUGUGUUUAUACUUUCUGCCGUAUAUACAACCUACUCCGCAUACAAGAACAAGCUGGAGAAAAGGUUUUUACUAAUAGGAUUCGGGUACGGCUUAGUCGGUGUGGGAUCAUUGCUAUUCCAUAUGACUUUAAAGUACAGAUUUCAAUUGCUGGACGAGUUACCCAUGAUAUACGCCAUGUGUGUUCCGACAUGGAGUCUAGUUUGUGAGGCCAAAGAGGCGCUGCUCAAUGGGGACAAUCAAAGAAAGGUUCCAUUAUUCGAACAGAUAUUUAUCGGACUCAUUAUUGCUGUAGCCGUCACAACAGCAAGCAUACUUUACGUUAUAUACAAGAACGUCGAUAUUCACCAGAUUCUGUUUGGGGUGCAAAUCGUAGUCGUUGCUGCUGCCGCGGUAAUCUUAACAUAUCGAUACGUCCAUGACCCACUUGCCAAAAGAAAUCUUCGCACUUCAAUGGCACUUGGAGCAGUGUUAUUCUUAUCGGGUUACAUAUCAUGGCUAUUAGACAUCCAUCUAUGUUCAUUCUGGGUGUAUGUUAGAAGAAGCAUUCUGGCCUUACCGCUUGGUGUACUACUUGAAUUACACGGAUGGUGGCAUAUUUUGACUGGAAUGGGAAUUUAUUUCUAUAUUGUUUCUUUGGAACAUUUAAGGGUCAUUACAUUGAACGUUAGCUCUGAUUACCUGUUUAUUUGGAGAUGGAAAGUGUUCCCUGAAUUGGUAAGAAAAGGACGCAAUCCGUCAACAAGAUACUCUCUUGAACUAUUUGGGCCUUAUGUAGAAAAUCAGUCAGUCGAGGCUAAUAAGAAGAAGAAUUAG